AUGACCCAGAGCUGCCCUGUUAGGCUUCUGUUUAUGAUCAGUUUGGCAUUCCAGACAAUCCAAUUGGGAAACAGUCAUCAAAGAGAGAGACACAAGAAUAGAGAAGAAAUCCACAAUGUCACAGCUCAAAAGUUCCAGCAGAAAACGUUUCACUCAUCCUCGGACAAUUUUAGAACAGUGAAUGAUAGCGCGGACAGCUGGAGGCUGCCGGAUUCACGCAUUUACUCCCAGAGUUUCCAGGAAAUGUGCAAUGAUUAUUAUGGGCAAUUAUUCAUUUUCUUCAUUGGUAAAAACUUCCUGGAUGUUUUGUCAAGGCCGCUUGGCGUCUGCGUUUGCCUCGACCAGGGAUUUUUUGCAGGUGAGCCCCAGCCCCGGCGCUGUUGCAGGAACGGGGGCACCUGCGUGCUGGGCAGCUUCUGCGUGUGUCCCGCGCACUUCACCGGCCGCUACUGCGAGCACGACCAGAGGCACAGUGGCUGCGGCGCCCUGGAGCACGGAGCCUGGACGUUCGGCGGCUGCCGCCUGUGCCGCUGCGUCUUCGCCGCGCUACGCUGCCUGCCCCCGCGCGCUCCUGGCCGCUGCGACCUGCAAGACUUUCUGGCCUCCAGGGCUAAUGGACUGAGCUCACCUUACUUGCUGAGUUUCCUCCUCACUGUGCCCUGCCUCCUGCUGCAAAGCAUCCUCAAGGAAGAGAGGAUUGCUCAGACUCUGGGGCAGCAACUGACCGUUUCUGGCUGCAUUCGGGAGCAGCCUCUGGAUGCUUCUUCAGAUUCUGCUGCUGGUAGAAGUCACUGA